GGGCUUCUAUAGAUUACUUUGAACUUUAAACAAUACAAAUAUAACAACAGUUGAGCUAGCAUGCCAAGCGGAGAAAAGCAACCCCCACUUUCAGCUAAAAAAGUUUCUUUAAGAGAUUUACCCAGCGAAAUAAAUAAUUUUGCUUCUAAUCCUCUAGAUUUUUCGCCACAUAAUGAUGGGGAAUCCAUUUCUGAAACUGCAAAGUUAUCUGGAAGUAAAAGAGAGCAACCAUGCAGCCCUUCUACUCAUCCCCAACAACACAGUAUUUACAGUGGACAUUUAGUAUACGUUCGUCGUAAGCUAGAUGUCGAACCAAGCAAACUAAGCAUAGAAAACGUGGAGAGUGCUGAUCCGCCUUGUUUGAGCAAUUAUUGGAAGGAACAGUCGAGCGAGACAAAAUCACCCAAAGAAGAGGAGACAAAGCUCUCUGGUUCUUCGACUCGGUUUUCAUCACCUUCUUCUUUCAUUUCACCUUUGAGACCAGAGCCUCUUCCAGGUUCUUGGAAGCCUGGGAAUUUGAUAACAAAUCAUAAUAUUGUCUCCCCAGCUACUGAGACUGAAACUCAUAGCCAGGGUGAAGGAUAUUGGAAAGAACGAUUUGUUCGUCUGCAGACUUUUUUGAAAAAUUGUGACCAAUCUAAUCAGGAGAAAUAUAUUCAGAGCCUUAGAUCGCUAUCUGCAGCUGGCCGUAGCAAGCACGCUGUUGAGCUAGAGAGAAGAGCAAUACAACUUUUGUUGGAUGAAGGUAUCCCAUCAUAUAACAUUUUAAUUUCUCUUCUAUGCUGCUUAUUUUGUUUUAAUUUCUUCCAUAUUUUCUGGCUUAGGAGUCUAACUUACUAUUUGAGUGAAAGCAAUUAGUAGCACAAAAAUUUGUCCAGCUUAUAGUAACAAGUUGAUGUAAGGAAGUUAAAUAGCCCGUAAACAAUGUAUCAAUACAAAAUAAAAAGUGAGCUUUUUAGUGUCUGUUUGGGGCAACUGCAACUUAAUAAUAAGCUUACUACUCAGCAACUGCCAC